GUGCCGUUGUUUCGACGUGUCAGUCCGUAGUAAAUAAUUCUCAAGCGCUAGUCGCCAGUUCAACAAAUAGAGUCUGACACGCGUCCAAAUCAAUCGGCAAAGUAAUAUACACUUUGCCAUACAACAACAACAGUAAAAGCAACAACAAAUACAGUAACUAUUAAUAAUAACAUCAGCAUGGCGGAAAAAGUAAAUGUUUGCAUUGUUGGCUCCGGCAACUGGGGUUCGGCCAUUGCAAAAAUUGUGGGCGCCAAUGCAUCCGCAUUGCCAGAGUUUGAGGAGCGCGUCACAAUGUUCGUCUACGAGGAGAUGAUUGAUGGCAAGAAGUUAACGGAAAUCAUCAAUGAAACUCACGAGAAUGUUAAAUAUCUGAAGGGCCACAAACUCCCACCAAAUGUGGUAGCUGUACCCGAUCUAGUCGAAGCUGCCAAGAAUGCCGAUAUACUCAUUUUCGUAGUGCCCCAUCAGUUCAUACCCAAUUUCUGCAAGCAAUUGCUAGGCAAGAUCAAGCCAAAUGCCAUUGCCAUAUCCCUGAUCAAGGGCUUCGAUAAGGCUGAGGGCGGCGGCAUUGAUCUUAUUUCGCACAUCAUCACCCGCCACUUGAAGAUACCAUGCGCUGUGCUGAUGGGCGCUAAUCUGGCCAACGAGGUGGCCGAGGGCAACUUUUGCGAGACGACAAUCGGCUGCACGGACAAAAAGUACGGCAAGGUGCUGCGUGAUCUCUUCCAGGCCAAUCACUUCCGCGUCGUGGUCGUCGAGGAUGCCGAUGCCGUUGAGGUUUGCGGUGCCUUAAAGAACAUUGUCGCCUGCGGCGCUGGCUUCGUGGAUGGCCUCAAGCUGGGCGACAACACCAAGGCAGCGGUCAUUCGUCUAGGUCUGAUGGAAAUGAUUCGCUUUGUCGAUGUCUUCUACCCGGGCAGCAAGCUAUCCACUUUCUUUGAGAGCUGCGGUGUGGCGGAUCUCAUUACGACAUGUUAUGGUGGCCGCAAUCGUCGUGUCUCCGAGGCUUUUGUCACGUCGGGCAAAACAAUUGAGGAGCUGGAGAAGGAAAUGCUCAAUGGCCAGAAAUUGCAGGGGCCGCCCACUGCCGAGGAAGUCAACUAUAUGUUGAAGAACAAAGGCUUGGAGGAUAAAUUCCCACUGUUCACAGCUAUACAUAAAAUUUGCACAAAUCAGCUUAAGCCUAAAGAUUUAAUUGAUUGCAUACGCAAUCAUCCCGAGCAUAUGCAAACUUUGUAAAAUAGUAAUUACAAAUUUUUAAAUGUUUUUAUGCACCAAAAAAAAAAAAAAACAAAACAAAAAUAA